AACAACUGAACUGAGAAGCCUGAAGAAGAAAAAGAAAAUCCAAAAAAUCUUCAUAUAUUUUUCUAUGAUUCAUUCACAUUGUUUCUGAAAGUCUGGGUUCUGAUUCUGAUCACCCAUCUGCCAUUUCUAAUAGUUUUAAAGAGGAAGAGAAGACUGAAGAGGAAGAGAAGGCGGGAAGGGCUCAGAUUUCGUUUUGUGGAUGCGUUUGUUUGUGCUGUGCGUGUCAGGUUUUUAAUUACAUCUCUGUUUCAGUAAUGCAUUAAGUCUUUGAUGCAAUAAAAGUUCACUUUUCUCUCUUUUAUGUCAACCAACCUUCCUCCUUCUGCCUGCCUGUUUUGGUCAGAAGUUUCCCGGCUUCUCUUAUAUUUUUCUAAAAUCUAAACUCGCAAGUCCCAUCUGGUUCUUGGAUGUGAUAUUCGUUUUCUUGUUCUUUAUUUUCUGUACUGUUUCAAAUCUCUUCAGAGUAAUAACAGAAGUUAACUUUCCAUUCUGGGUCGUAGAUCAAUCGUUUUCUUCUCUGCGUUUUCACCUUUUUCAAGAAUUUUUUUUUGGGAUUUGGGAUAUUGGUUUUUUUUUUUUUUUUCUUAAUAAUUUCUUGAGCUCCAUGCAUUUAAGAUCUCAGAAGAUCGAAAUUUCCAUCCGGGUUCGCAUAGUAAUCCAUUUAUUGUUUCUAUAGCUCCUAGGAUCAUUAUUUCCCAUUACAAGGCUUUUGUCGUCUUGAUCUUGCCCAAAACCAUGGCGUUUCCCCUUCUCCCUUCUACGGAGUGACGCGUUUUGAAAGUUUUUGUAAUGGCGAGUUUGGUCCCUGGUGUUCUCCUGAAGCUUCUACAGCACAUGAACACAAAUGUGAAGGUUGCAGGGGAGCACAGAUCAUCACUGCUUCAGGUUGUUAGCAUUGUCCCUGCACUCACAGGCGGAGAGCUCUUCCCAAACCAAGGGUUUUAUCUCAAGGUAUCAGAUUCUUCUCAUGCCACCUAUGUGUCUCUUCCUGAUGAACACGACGAUUUGAUCCUUAGUGAUAAGCUUCAACUGGGUCAGUUCAUUCAUGUUGAGCGGCUUGAGGCUGCUUCUCCUGUGCCUAUUCUAAGAGGGGUGAAGCCUGUCCCUGGUAGACAUCCCUGCGUCGGCAGCCCCGAAGAUCUGGUUGCCACUCACUCUCUUGGAUUCCUCAAUUCAUCUGAAUCAAACCCUGCCCAGAAGUUGAAAACACCAUCGAAGGUUUUGAAUGGUAGCAACUCAAUUGGGGAUAGAGAGAACAACUCCAAAAUUGUGCCCAAAGGAGUUAAGAGGAAUCCAAUUGUGGAGAAACAGAACGGUAGUGCUAAGGUUGAGUCGUCAGGUAAGAAGGUGGCGAGCCCGGUAAGUAGAUCAAAGUCUCAGUUGUCGAAGACUGCUUUGAAUCUGGCAGAGAAGAAGGAAUCAAAGUCGAAGUCUUCAAAUUCAUGGUCGGUUCCUUCGUCCCCGACAAGUUGUUACUCGUUGCCUACUUCAUUUGAGAAGUUUGCUAAUGGAGUUCGAAAGCAAGCAAAUAUCAAGGGGCUGGAUAAGGCAACUGGUGCAUUGGGAUUAAUGGAGAAGACAGCUUCUAUUUUUCGGGCAAGUACUGCGGUGAAGAAGUUGCCUGCAGGGAAUUCUAUUGGGAAUAUGUUUCAGGGGAUUGAAUUUGGGUCCAAGGCUCUGAGGAAGAGCUGGGAAGGGGGUAUUGACGUGAAGAAGGGUAGGGAGAAUACAAGCUUGGAGGUGGCCACCAAGCAUGAUUUGAAACCUGAAGCUCGAAGCAGCUUGGCCCUUAGGAGGAAUCUGGGACCAAAUGACAAGUUGUCAUCUAAAGAGGAAAAGUUUCAGAUGACUGCAAAAAAAGUUACUUCAAAUGGAGGUUUGGGCAAUCUUGAUAAGUCAAAUAAUCAGCGGACUUCUGUUGGAAAGAAAACAUCAGAAGUUGCUAGCAAUGGGCUCCCUGGGAACUUAGUCAAGGUUCUUCCCAAUAACAGAAGAUUGACAGAUGGCAGUGUUUCAUGGUCUUCGAUCCCAUCAUCUCUUGCUAAGCUUGGAAAGGAGGUUUUGAAGCACAGAGAUGCUGCACAAAUGGCAGCUGUUGAGGCCAUGCAAGAAGCCUCUGCUGCAGAAAGCUUAAUACGGUGUUUGAGUAUAUUUGCUGAGUUAAGUUCCUCUGCCAAGGAGGACAACCCACAGCCUACAGUUGAGCAGUUCUUGAGUCUCUAUGCAAGCUUGAAAAGAGCCCGCCUGGUUGCUGAUUUCCUAUCAAAGACUACCUCUACGGUGUCUUCUUCAGAUCAUGAAGAUGAUCCAUCUGAAGAAGCACUGAAGAUCUCUUCAGAGAGACGUAAACAUGCAGCUUCAUGGGUUCAAGCUGCAUUGGCCACUGACUUGUCAUCAUUCACCGUAUUUAAUAAACAACCAAUUUCCUCCUUGGGACCAGCUACAACUCUAUCUCAAAGCCAACGAGUUACCUCUGCCAACCAACCCAUACUAGUGCUUGAGAACUCAACCAAGAAAUCCUCAACAAAGCCCCAGGUCAAAACUCGCACUUUAAUUACCUCUAAGCUUGCUACACCUGGGACCCCUCGCCGAGCUGGGAAUGCCCCAUCCUCAGGUGAGAAGUCAGAAGCUACACCACUAGAGUGGAUCCAAGGUAAUGGCAUUGAUGAGGCUGUUGACUUGGCACAUACAUUAAGAGCAGAGUCCCAGGACUGGUUUUUGGGAUUUGUUGAGAGAUUCCUAGAUUCUGAUGUUGACACCACAUCUUUGUCAGACGGUAGUCAGAUAGCAAGUAUGCUGUCUCAGCUCAAGAAUGUGAAUGGCUGGUUGGACGAGAUUGGGUCUUCGAAGACGGAUUAUGAAGGGUCUCCAGUCUUAACUGAGACAAUUGAUAGGCUGAGGAAGAAGAUCUAUGAAUAUCUUCUCACACAUGUAGAGUCUGCUGCAGUUGCUGUUGGUGGUGGAGGUCACCCAUCAAAUCGAACAACAGAAGCAAGAAUGACAAGAUGACAGUUAAAAAACAAAUAUAUAAUGCUCAGCCGCAAUGACCUAUGAAAGUGAUCCAACUUAUCCAACAAGUGGUUAUGUUGAGACGCUAAAUGAUGUAUAUAUAUUCUGCAAAUCAGGUGUGGUAUAAGCAGGGUGGGUGUUCAUAAUUUAUUAUCAUGCAUAGUGUUUGAUAGGAAGUGAAGGAUUCUUCAUGUGUUACUCAAAAUUUAAACAAAUGACUGUAGUUAAGAUGGGAUGGGAACGUUAUACAA